CAGGGGGAGGGGGAGCGGGAUAAUCGACAUAAUCGCGCUCCUCCGCACUUUGCAGCCUCGCUGAUGUUUGGGAGAUGAACACACACAGAUUGUGUGCAGGUCCAGCGGUACUUCGGGUCCUGUAAAGGGAGGGGACAAACAUGAAAUCCAGGAGUGAGGACCACAGUUUGUCCGAGUCCACUGAACUGGACCGAUCGUACGACCCGCUCACAGGUAAUCCACCAAAUCAAGCCACCGAACGGACCAUCAAGCAGCGCUUCCUCAAAUUGCUGCCCUGCUACCAUUCUGGCGCCAGCCCAUCCAUCAAUCAAAAUAGCGUGAGCGAUGAGGCCGAGCUGUCGGCGGUGCGUUACCGACCCGAGGGCCUCGAACGUCUCGUGGGGCGGACCGGCUUCAGUAAGAAAGAGCUGCAGAUCCUCUACAGAGGCUUCAAAAACGAGUGUCCCAGUGGUGCUGUGAAUGAGGAGACAUUUAAAACCAUCUACUCUCAAUUCUUCCCUCAGGGAGAUGCAAGUAUGUACGCGCAUUUCCUGUUUGCGGCUUUCGACACUCACAACAGCGGAUCUGUCAGCUUUGAGGACUUCGUCCUAAGUCUGUCCAUCAUCCUUAGAGGCUCCAUCACAGAUAAACUCAACUGGGCCUUCAACCUGUACGACCUCAACAAAGAUGGCUGCAUCACUCGAGAGGAGAUGACAGACAUUAUGCACUCAAUUUAUGACAUGAUGGGCAAGUAUACGUACCCCUGCAUGAGGGACAGUGCUCCCAAGGACCACGUGGAACGCUUCUUCCAGAAAAUGGACACGAACAAUGACGGCGUCGUCACCAUCGAGGAGUUCUUGGAGACGUGCCAAAAGGUGUAUAUCGUUUGGAAAGAAACAUUUCCAGCAAUGAACGAACGACAUUAAGAGCGUAACCUGUGGCUCCCUUCUAGGAUGAGAACAUCAUGCAGUCCAUGCACAUGUUCGACAAUGUCAUCUAACGGUCGAAUCCAAUGAGCUGGAGCGCCACCUCAGUGCUGCAGUGUGCGCGCGCCUCACGCAUGUGUGUGUGUGUGUGUGUGACACUGACAUGACCUGAAGUCACUUUCUUUUUGGAUAUUGUGAACCUCACACUCAUUAGGGUUGUAUUGUGUCUGCAUGGGGAUGCAAUGUGUUGACGUAUUUUCUAUUGGAACCUGAUAGUGGAAGACAAUAAAACCUCACGGUUAUGAUGUAAUGACUGCUCUUCUGUCCUUCAGUAUUGCGAUCGAAGACUUUGGGGUUGAAC